UCGGUGCUGUCACAUUAACGCGGAUGCAGGGGUGCCUACGUUACUCCCUGAAACAUGAGGCUCCUCCUGGCCAUCGCCGCCUUCACCCUGCAAUUCCACACCAGCAACAGCCAGAACUCUGUGGCCAGUUACACAGGCCCAAGCGUGCGCCUGUCCAGUGGUCCCAACAACUGCAGCGGACGAGUGGAGGUGUACCUGUCGGGGUACUGGGGCACGGUGUGCGAUUACGGCUGGAACCUUCCGGACGCGCAGGUGGUGUGCAGGGAGCUGGGAUGCGGGCACGCACAGUCCGCCAGUCUCCCCUGGUACUGGUACUGGUACUGGUACCUGAUAGGUUCCGGAGGUCCGGUGUUAAUGAAUGGAGUGGCCUGCUCGGGAAAUGAAACUUCUCUCCACGACUGCCCCAGGGCCACCCCGCCGUCCCAGUGGUGGUGCUCACAGCUGUACCCCCCUGCUGUUGAAUGCACUGGACCGGGAUCAAGUGCAGAACUAAAUGUGACGAUGGCGAGAGUAGUGGGCGGGAGCAGUAACUGCGCGGGGAGGCUGGAGGUGUACAAGGGUGGCCAAUGGGGCGCGGUGUGUGGGGACUACUGGGACCUGAACGAUGCCGUGGUGGCGUGUCGGCAGUUGGGCUGCGCGGCUCCCGACCCAGGAAUGCCCGCCUCGAUCUUCGGUAACGGCUACGGCGUGAUUCUCCUGGACGACGUGCAAUGCACUGGCAACGAGUCGUCUCUCUUCGACUGCCCAUCUCGAGGGUUGGGCGUACACAACUGUGAUCACACCAAUGACGUCAGCGUUUCCUGCACAGGUUCAAACCCAGAUGAAUACAAUGGAACUCGCGUCAGAUUGGUAGACGGGGCGGACCAGUGUCAAGGCCGGGUGGAGGUGUACCAGGCGGGACACUGGGGAACAGUAUGUCAGGAUAACUGGGACAUGGUAGACGCUACGGUGGUCUGCAGAGAGCUGGGCUGUGGGGUGCCUCUGGGUGCUAUGCUGUACGCUCACUUUGGCCAGGGCACCGGAUUCAUCUUCCUGGAUGACGUGCACUGCACUGGGAGUGAGCAGUCACUGCUCGACUGUCCGUCUAACGGAUUGGGCUCCCACAACUGUUACCACUAUUUAGAUGCUGGGGUCGUAUGUGCAGGUGUGAACACAACAGAAUACAACGGCACUCGCGUGAGGCUGGUGGACGGGGCGAACGAGUGUCAAGGUCGGGUGGAGGUGGAGUACGCAGGACACUGGGGGACGGUGUGCGAUGAUUCCUGGGAUAUGGCAGAUGCUACGGUGGUCUGCAGAGAGCUGGGCUGUGGGGUGGCUCUGGGUGCCUUGAUGUACGCUCAGUUUGGUCAGGGCACCGGCUUCAUCUUCCUGGAUGACCUGCGCUGCACUGGGAGCGAGCAGUCACUGCUCGACUGUCAGUCUAACGGAGUGGGCUCCCACAACUGCGCUCACUAUGAAGAUGCCGCCGUCAUAUGUGCAGGUGUAAACACAACAGAAUACAACGGCACUCGCGUGAGGGUGGUGGACGGAGCUCACUACUGUGAGGGUCGGGUGGAGGUCCACUACGCAGGAUACUGGGGGACGGUGUGCGAUGAUUCCUGGGACAUGGCCGAUGCUCAGGUGGUCUGCAGAGAGCUGGGCUGUGGAGCUGCUGUAUCUGCUUUGAAAUUCGCUCAGUUUGGCCAGGGCACCGGACUCAUCUUCCUGGAUGACCUGCGCUGCACUGGGAGUGAGCAGUCACUGCUCGACUGUCCGUCUAACGGACUGGGCUCCCACAACUGCGCUCACUAUGAAGAUGCCGGCGUCAUAUGUGCAGAUCCAAACAUGGGUCCGAAGGUGCGUCUGGUGUCGGGGCGGAACAGGUGUGCGGGGCGGGUGGAGUUCCGUUACUAUGGCAGCUGGGGGACGGUGUGCGACGACGGCUGGGACCUGGACGACGGUCACGUGGUGUGCAGAGAGCUGGGGUGCGGCCGCGCCCUGUCCGCCCUGGGGGGUGCGGCCUUUGGCCCGGGCCGGGGGCCCAUUCUGCUGCACGACCUCCAUUGCUAUGGCAACGAGAGCACGCUGCAGGGCUGCGAGCCGGAGAUCGGAAUGGCCAGUCACUGCCACCACGACCAGGACGCUAGUGUCGUCUGCUCAGAGGGUUCCACGGUCCAGCUGGUAAACGGGCCUCACCGCUGCGCGGGACGAGUGGAGGUGCGUGUGGGGGACAGGUGGGGCACCGUGUGCGACGACUACUGGGACAUGCGCGACGCCCACGUGGUGUGCCGGGAGCUGGGGUGCGGGUACCCGCUGUUCGCCCCGCUCUGGGCCGCUUUCGGACAGGGCGCAGGGUUCAUAGCCCUGGACGACGUGGCGUGCCUGGGGUCGGAGACGUCGCUGCUGAGUUGCGGGCACCCGGGGCUCGGCCAGCACAACUGCUUCCACUACGAGGACGCCAGCGUAGUCUGCUCAGAGGCAGCAGAGGAACCUGAAGUCUACAUGGGCCCCCGCGUGCGUCUGGCCGGUGGGCAGGACGACUGCUCCGGGCGGGUGGAGGUGUACUAUUCGGGAAUGUGGGGGACGGUGUGCGACCACGACUGGGACCUGAACGACGCCAUGGUGGUGUGCCAGGAGCUGGGCUGCGGGCGCGCCCGCCGGGCCCUCCCCUUCCACUACUUCGGAAUGGGGGAGGGGCUCAUCCUGCUGGACCACGUGAGUUGCCUGGGCAACGAGACGUCGCUGCUGUCCUGCUCGGCCGCGCAGAUGGGGCUCCACGACUGCCACCACCUGGAGGACGCCAGCGUCAUCUGCUCCGGCCGGACCUCGGUGCGCUUGGUCGGUGGCGGCAGCCAGUGUGCGGGGCGUGUGGAGGUGCACCACAACGGAACGUGGGGCACGGUGUGUGACCACGGCUGGGGCCUGGCCAACGCCGGCGUGGUGUGCCGGGAGCUGGGCUGCGGGCGGGCGCGCAUAGCGCCUGGCGGCGCCAUCUUCGGGCCGGGCGCGGGCCCGAUCUGGCUGGACGACGUGUCCUGCGCCGGCACCGAGCGGCACCUGACCGACUGCGCCAACCGGGGCUUCGGGAACCACAACUGCAACCACGGCAACGACGCGUCGGUGGUCUGCUCCGGGUAAGACAAAUGGAAGAUCUUCACAGUCAUUUUCCUCCUAAUCAGCGGAGAGAGGGAGACGCCGGUCCCAUGCCCUCCCGACGCUGCGGCGCUGGUGCCAAUACCCCGUCCUCGCUGCAUUUAAUCAAGAGCCAACUGUCUAUCAAAGUCUCUCACUCUUUAAUUAUGCAUGCAAGCAAACUGUCUGAAAGCCUCAUAAAGAAUCAUCCUGUCUCAGCCCUGUCUUCAUAAGCGACCCGUGUGUGAUUUGCCCUUCCCGCGAUUAAAUUACCACUGCGUGUGGAACGAUCUGGUGAA